GCCUCCAUUGGACUUUUAUUUUGAAGGUAACGCAAAGGAAGAUGCUGUAGAAAGCUUCUGCUUUGAAGAUUGCUGAAGUGUAGAAUCAGUCGCUAGUUUAAUUAUCCAAAAUUUAUCCAAACUAAAGCAUAGUUUAUACCGUCCUGUGAUGUUUAGGACGUUUUAAGAUGGAUGCAGCAUUUCCUAAAGAAGAGGAGGAUAAAGGAUUAGAUCAGGAAUUACCUGUACAGAUAAAUGAGGAAAAUACAACAUUAACAGUAGGAAAUCACCAGGAACUAUUAGUACCAGUGGGCGAGAGUGAUCAAGUGCUACCAGAGCUGAUGAAAGAAGCGGGAGAGCCAAGAUUAGUCGAGAACAAUGAGCAUAAUUUCCUGGUAUUACAAGAAAAGGAGAAGGAUGGAGCAGUAAUGAAAGAAAUUCAACAGGAGUUAUCAGUAGUGGAAAAAGUAGAAAAGGAGGUGGAGGAGAUGGAGGUUUCCAUGGCAACACCAGAGGAAAACCCCAUUUUGACCCUUAACAAUGCCACACCCCCACAUUCAGAGAGCCGUCCUGCAAAAACGAGGGAUGAGCAGACACACUUGCCAGCAUCUCUGGUUGCUGAGACUGUGUGUAUAGUUGAAGACAGCGAUAAUGAAGAUACAGAAGAUUCAGACAGCGACACUUCAUCCUCUUCUUCAUCUUCUUCUUCUUCCUCAUCCUCCUCUUCCCCCUCCCGGCCUCUAUUUGAAGAUGAUGAUGAUGAAGGCUUCAGCCAGCCGGUCCCUGUCAAAAGUAAAGAUGAAGUCUGCUUUGAGGAGCUCCCAGCUGUAGAUGAACUGUCAGUGACCUUACCUGAAGGUGCAGAGCUACACCCAGUGGGAACAAUCUCCAGUAUUAUACAGCAGCUUGUCGUUGUACAGUCACUGAAAGACACGCCUCCUCUGAAUGAUGACAGCAUCAUCUUUAAAUCUGACCGUCUGGCUGUAGGAAAGGUGUUUGAGGUUUUUGGUCCAGUCUCCAGUCCUCUCUAUAUUGUGAGAUUUAACUCGGAUGAUGAGAUCCGCAGCAAAGGUCUAACUGAGGGAAUGACUGUUUAUUACGCUCCAACCAUCAAGGAGUACACAGAAUAUGUUCUCCCACAACAGAUAAACGAGAUGAAAGGGUCUGAUGCUUCCUGGAAGAAUGACCAAGAACCACCAGAGGAGGCUUUAGAUUACAGCGAUGAUGAGAAAGAGCAGGAAGCAAAGAGGAAAGCAAAGAAUGCCAGAAGGACAAAGGACUUUGGGAACACAGAAAAUCCCGUCCCUGGCUUUCGAAACUCCUUCAAUCGUCGGAGGAAAGAUUCGCGGGGUUUCCCAACAAGACACGCAGGGCCUCCAGGCAGUCACCAGGACCAGAAAAGCCAGCAGCCAUCGUACGGACACCCACCAGCCGGGCAACAGACCGCCAUACACCUCCCACCUCCCUGCCCAUAUCCCCUACCUCCUCCCCUUUCCCAACCCUACCCCUUUCCUCCACCUGGAGGAGAAGCUCUUUCUCAUUUCGCUCCACCCGGCUUCCCUUUCUACCCUCCUGGUCCGCCUCCAUCUUUUUUCAACCCCGCUUUCUCCUCACCGCCGUGGCCACCAAACUUCUAUGACCUCCUCCUUUCUCCCCCUCCUCCUCCACCUCCUCCUCCUCCUCCACCCCCUCAGUAAGAAACAGCAGUUUUCACCCGAGUAGCUUCCUCUCACCUCGUAUCAGUUGUUUCUCGCUCCUGUUGGAGCAUUGAUUUUCACGUUGACAUCACUGUGUUUAUGUCAAUGUCACUGUAUUGUAUGUCAAUCACACAACUAAAUGUGAAGAGUUUUUACAGCAUCAUCUUGUCCCUUUUCCAGCGACAAACCAAGCUAAUCAACACUUGGAUGUUGACAUGGAUGACACGUUUCUGACUAAUAAAUAACAUCCAUAGGUUUUUCAAAAACAUUCCUGUAAAAGUGUGCCUGUGGUUGAGAGUAGUAGGUAUUAAAAUCUAAAAUAUAAACAUGUUCAGCUCA